AUGGCGCCCCGCGCCGGAAAAUCAGGCGGAGUUAAUAAGACCCCGCGUCGUAUGAAGACUAGGGCACGGGCAAGAGAUGCGGAGGCACUGAAAAGGAGGCUCAAAGAUUUGCAUGCGCAGUCAAAUGAGAAUAUUGCGAAGAGAAAGGCUCUGGAGAGCCGAAUCGGGGAGGUCGAACAACGACUCCAGAAUCCGGAAAUCACCAAUCAGGCUGAGAACGAAGCGCAGCUCAAAGCUUUAUUCACUGAGCUUAACCAAUUGACCGAGAAAGAAGAGGCUAUUCAGGCCCAGAUCAAAGCUGCAGAUGAAGAGCAGCAUGGAUCCGAAAUGGAUGUGGACGAUGUGGAUCAUGGGCUAGGGUCGGACCCCCCGGACUUCGCACAGACCCGAGAAGUCGAUGUUCCGGUGGAGGACGACGAUGAAAACGACACGCCCGGGGAUUAUGCGGAUAUAAAGCCGGUUGAUACGGUCGAUUUGACAGGGGACGGGGAACCAGAAGGAUGGGGCCUCGACGGCGGGACGACCCUAGCCAAGCACAAGGCCAGUAGAGGGCCAAUCUAUCUUAACUCCUACGGAUACAAGAGCUGCGCGAUGACCGUCUGGGAAUCCGCCCAAGCUGAACGCACUGUGGGUAAAGUUACAAGUAUCCGCGGAAAUCCCCAUAAGAAAGCACUGGAGACCAACGAAGAGGGGGAGUAUAUCCAUCGGGGAAAGAUCAAGAAGAUCCUAAACGUUGCCUGGAAACCUAAACGGAAGAUACGGAACAUCGAAGAUCUUCUAGAUUCGGUGGAAGAGCUGAACCCCCAAAAUAAGGUAGACGAGGCGAAAUACAGGUACCCGUUCAGUACUGUUCUAGUUGAAUGGACGGACGGGUUGGUGCGGACGUGGAUCAGUCGAACGGACUACAAAACACUCAGCAGCCAGUCCAAGGCCUCGAACGAACGAACGGACAGGAAAUUUUACCAAAUCGGACUUCUCCAGGUGAAACGAUAUCGGGAGAUUAUGCUCGGUGGCAGUAACCAGGGAGAUCUAGAGAGAACUCCUCCAGGUUUGACGGAGUCUCCAGAGCCGGGUGAGGGGGAUCCGGCGAGCCAUCAAGCAAACAACGAUAUACCAGGGCGAGGAGCCAAAAACGAGGGUGGCCGGGCCUCUCCAGGCGAUCCACGCAGGCCAGGUUCAGGCAGUCAGAACGCGGGCAGUCAGAACGCGGGCAGUCAGAACUCGGGCAGUCAGAACUCGGGCAGUCAGAACUCGGGCAGUCAGAACUCGGGCAGUCAGAACUCGGGCAGUCAGAACUCGGGCAGCCAGGGCCAAGCCAGCCAGCACCAGGAUAAUAAAAAACAUGGUGAUCAGAACCGAGGAGAUCAAACCCAGGAGAGCUCAAACCACGGCAACAACCCUAGAACGAUGAGAAGCUUCUAUGCCGAGUGGUUGCGCGAAAAUGAUCUUGAUGCGAAUACUGAAGUUAGCACCCUCGGAGACCAACUAUUUGGGAGAUUCACGGCAGCAGCCCACGCUUACGCGGACGAAUACGAACGCAGAUUUGGCCAACAGCUGCAGGAUGACAUGGGNUUCAUUCCCGCGGGUGCUCUUUUGAAGGCAUGGAUAUAGUACUGUUAUUUUCCCAUCAUUUUAAGGAAACCCAGAGGAGGAGGAGUUCAGACCGCAUCGCUGUGAGUGAACAAGUUCUACCUCCACUUCGAUGUCAAUAUGCUGUUUGACAUGUAGUCGGAAAUGCCCCAUUGUCGCCCGGCCUCCCCCAACAGAUCUACUUAUCCCAGCGUAGCGGGCAAGAAACGACUCUGCGAUAUGCGGUCUUGUUGACUAAGUUGACAAGCUAUUUCAGGCUCCCAUCCCCAGCUUCACACCGCAUCAGUGGGUGCUAUGAAGAGAACGCAUGCCAGCGUCAGCGUAUACUGUGUUGGCGUGAAAUAAGUUGUGGUUACCUGCAAUAGUUUUUCCAGAUGACCAUCGGCUUCGGCAAGACGGGUCGCGAAAUCCAGUACGUUGUCGCUCCAACAAUAGUCCGCCCCGUUUCGUCGCAUCAGCUGGUCCACAAUGUCCCGCAAGUCGGCCAGUCUCAGGCUGGCUGCGUUGAUGUCGGCCGGGUUGAUUGGGCGGCAGCGCUCAACACCAUCUGGGAAUCAGUUAGCGUAGAC